AGAUACUCUGACUACAAAUAUUUAAUCUUCACAACACUUCUGUCAUUUUUCAUCACAAGCAACCCUUCUUACACUACUUAGACCACCAUUCUUCAUCUCCGAAACUACCACCUGUUGACUAAAAACAUAAGUCAUGAAAGAUCCGGCUAUAAAACUGUUUGGAAAGAAGAUUGUACUCCCUGAAAUCAAUGAGAAAAUUAAUCUUUUAGUUGUCUCCACUGCUGCAGGAGAGCAGCCUGGUGGCGGUGGUGAUCAUAAAGAUUGUGGUUCUGAUCACGCUUGUUUGGAAGGAGAGAAAGUGAGCAAAGAAGCUGCAGAUAAUAAGGAUCAAACAACAGCAAGUUAUAGUGAGACGAAAGCAGACUCAGACAACCCGAAAACUCCAUCUAUCAAAGAAACUAGAAAACAAGAAUUUGAACAAGAAGCAACAAACCCGGAACCUAAGACCCUUAAAAAACCCGACAAGAUUCUCCCCUGUCCUCGUUGUACCAGCAUGGACACAAAAUUCUGUUACUACAAUAACUACAACGUUAACCAGCCGCGACACUUUUGCAAGAGCUGUCAGAGGUACUGGACUGCUGGAGGCGCGAUGAGAAACAUGGCAGUUGGAGCGGGUCGCAGAAAAAAGAAGAAUUUGAUUCCUAGUUUUAUUUCAGGACCCAAAAGUCUUCAAGAUAAAAACAGAUUCCCCUCCAGGAUUACCAAUAUUCCUAGCCCUGGGGUUUCUUGGCCUUACAAUCCUUGGAAUUCUACAAUUCCGAUUCCAAUUCCAGCCAUUUGUCCUUCAAUGCCGAUUUACCCUUCAACCUACUUGAAUGGAAUUCCAUUCUUACCUCCAUCUAUCCCUGCAACUGAUCAUACUAUCUUAGGAAAGCAUACAAGAGAUGUUUUGUUGGUGAAAUCUAGUGAUGGUGACGACGAAUUAAAGAAACAAAAGAUACCAGUUCUGAUUCCUAAAACUCUUAGAAUUGAUGAUCCUGAUGAAGCUGCAAAGAGUUCUAUAUGGGCAUCACUUGGAAUUAAAAAUGAAAACUUUAAAGCAUUUCAAGGAAAGGGUGAAGAAACGAAGAAGGAUCAUGCGACAGGAAAUUCUUCCUUUCUACAAGCGAAUCCUGCUGCGUUUUCUAGAUCACUCUGCUUUCAAGAAACGACGUAAACAUGGGUGCCGUGUUUUGUUCAACCUAGCGUUGUUAUUUAGUGUAGAUACAUUGUAUAGUUUAGUUGUUACAAUUCCAAAUUUUCUUGGUCUUUUAUCCCCCCAAUUUACUAUGUUUAGCAUCAAUGUACUUGAAAUCUGACUCCUUGUCCAUCUUUUUUAAUUGAUGACAUAAAGGAUAUGGUCAAAUGUGAGGUAUUCUUAUCAA